GCUGCGCCGCAGUCCCGCUUACCACACAGUCGUCGUCACUUGUCCCCACCGCCAACGACAGUCUAUCGCGAUCGAUCCUUCCUUCCUACCUCGUACAUUCGUUCGUUUCUUUCCUUUUCUUCAACUUCAACUUCGACUUCGACAACAGCGAUAUUUUCACCAUCAGACGACUUUUACAACCGCGUCUAUCGCGACUGACGUCGCCAUGGCUAUCAUGAAUUCCGUCACGAACCACAUCGUCCGGAGAGGCAUGGACAUCCACCAGGCUCAUCAAUCGUCAGGCGGCCACCGCAAGCAUGGCGACAAGAGCCUUCUCACCCCUCUCGCCAUCGCCACUUUGGCUUUCACCUCCAUCAUCUUCUUCUUCACCAUUAUGAUGGCCUCAUACACCUACGGCCACCUCAUCCCCACCCUCGCCAUGGUCGAGACCCCCACCGCCCUCCUAAUCGAGACCACGACCACCGAAGAGAAGGAAGAUAGCACGGACAAGGAGCCCCUCCUCGAACAAUGCGAGGUCACCCUCAUCCAACAAACCCCCAUCACCGCCAGCAUCCGCACCACCCUCCAACACCUCCGCGAGACCGGUGGAUUCUUCGGCCGCUACCGCGGUCUCAGCAUGUUCGUCGUGUACAUUUUCCUCUGCAGCCAAUUCAGCAUCGUCUUCUCCUUCCUCCCCUACGGCCUCGGCGACGUCCUCACCAUGAUCGUCCUCUCCACCAUCCGCAUGGGAUGGACUCACGCCAUUGUCUCCGCCCCCUCGCCCCUCCCUUGGUUCCGCCGCCUCCCAUCCGUCAAGACAUUCAAGAAGAUUGCGCCCAUCACCGCCAUUGUUGCCUUGUCCGAGGAGCUCUCCAUCGGCGUACCAUUCCUCUUUGCCGGCGCGCUCGGCCUGUUCAAGAGCAUUGAUCGCCAGGCCAGCGGAGAGACUAUCGAGGAUCCCGAGGCGUGCUUGGUGAAGAUUUUCGCUGUGGCUGCUAUGUUCUUCUCUCUCGUCAUCUUGGUCGUGGUGCCUGUCACCAUGGUUAUGGCUCGCAUUCACGCCAGCUUGAUCGAGGAGAACGUGGAUACCAUUGUGUCGGUGCACCGCGAGCCGUUGUCGAUUAAGGAGGCGUGGAAGAGUGUUGACUGGAACGCGCGCGUGCACGUUUACAAGGCGUACCUUAAGGGUUUCGCUAUUCAGAUGAGCAUUAUGAUUCUCUUCUCCGCGGUGGUGUACGUGCAGCUCGUUAUGUUCUUGGGGCCCAAGUUCCCAGAGGUUAUCACGCAGUACAUGCUCAUGGUUUAAGUGGGAUUGAUUAUCAGAGAUUGAAGAAGGAAUGGUUUUCGCCUGUUAUAGGCACUACUACUAGACUGACUACGACUCAUACGCUGAGCGGCGGUUCAUUUGUGGGUUGGUUUAGGGAAAGAUUGUGUAGGAUCACAGGUCUGUGAACUGGUUUUUUUUUGCGGUUUCGGGAGGAUGGAUGGAAUAACGCUAGUUCGUUAAGUAAGGUCAACACGAAGAGGAAGGAUCAUUGAUAGUUUUCAUUUACUCGUGUACUUCUAAUACAACGCUUAUGUUAUAGCCUUUGCAAUGCCAG